AUGACUCAGCAAAUGAUAUAUAAAGACAUUUCGAUCGUCAGUCUAAUCCGUUCAUAAGGUGAACUGGGUGCAGGAACGCACGUUCAGUCCUCAAAGAACAAAUCCCAAUCGAGUCUUUAACUCUCUUGAUACGUUCAGCAAUACCGUAACCAAAACAUGGACGGUGAGCCCCUUAAAUAUUCUCUUCUAUGAUUAGUUGUUUCUUUUGCUCUGAGUUUCGGUAAUGCAUGAAGUUUAUAAACACAAGUCGAUUGUAAAUUCUCAUCAGUAUUUCAUAAAUCUCCAAAACUCCUAAAUACUAUUCUUUUCAUGCCUUCCUAGAGAAGUUAACUCCGUCGAAGCAAGUAUUUGAUGUAUUUGAAAACAAGCUGAAUAAUAAGCCAAGGGAAUACAAUUUAACAGAUUGCUUAGAUCAAGUUUUCAGUGUGUUUCUUAGAAUUAGCGCUUCAAAUUUCUAGGCCUUUCAUGAUCCAGUCGGUUAUAACAUAAUGAGAGUAUCUGAACAUUAUUUGCGUGUACAUGCCUUUAAGUAUAACUAUACUAAGGAGCAGACAACUUUUAUUUCUGAAACUAUAGGAGAAUACAAAGUGACCUUGCUGAUAUACAGUGGUCUUCCUGAUCCUGUUUGGACCAUUGGUUCUCAAAAUGAAAAGUUUCAGCAAAUAAAAGAGCUUCUGGACAACGCCAGGGCCAAAGGUAACAUCUUCGGUUACAAAAAUAUUCCUCCUCUUCUUGGGUUCAGAGGUUUCUUAGUACAACAAUCAGGAGCACAUGGAGAAGAACUGAUUUUAGGCAAAGAGACAGAGGACCUGCAAAAGCUGCUGCUUGACACCAUGCCAGAAGAGUCGAUAAAAGAAAAUUUGCGCCUGAAAAUUUUGCAGGCCAUUGAUUUAGGAGCUGUCUCGCCUAAAGUGCCUGAUGCGACCCAAGAUUCUUUGGCUUCAGUUAGUUCUCAAAUUCCCAGCAAAGAAGACAAAGGCGAUGUUGGGGUGAUAGAACACUAUGCACCUAAAUAUAACCCGGAUAGGUGGAACAAGAUCCCAGUGAUCCUCCGAUAUAACAACUGCUACAACUACGCAAACCAAAAAAUCACCAACAGCUUUGCUCAGCCUGGAUAUGCCAGCGGCUAUUAUCCCUAUAAGAUGACCCCAGAAGACUUGAUUAAGGCCUGCGAAAGUGACGGCUUAGUGAAGAUGGAUGUUGAUCCAAGUGCUCCUUGCCCCGAAGCACCACCACAACCAAACUGCUUAAUAGCCCUGCUUGUUGCUGAAGGUAAGAAAUUAUCACUUCUUGUUUCUCCAGAGUGACGAUAAACAAUCAUCUUUGUCUUCUCCUCAACUCCCUGUACCUCCAUGACACGGUAGAAACCCCGUGAGAACAAUUGUCAUUUUCCCAAGUUCUUACAUAGAUGGUAAUAAGUUCAGGCUAUUCAAAUCCAGAUUGUAUUAAACAAUUUUAUUUGAUUUUCAACAUUGGCAUUUACAUUGCAGUUGAAGUCAUAAGAUUUAAGAAAAUAAGAACCUGUUUCAAAUUUUAGGCUCAAUAGGUUUUUGUAUAGAGAAGGGCUAACUGGCAAACUUUAAAAACCAGGGUCUUACACAGUCGCUGGUUUUUACUGUACAUCUGUGUACCGUUAUGAUUCGGUUUCAAAGCUUCUUGUACUAAUUUCGUCUUCAAAAAAUAGAAUGGGCUCUAAGCUAAUACGAGAACUUUCGUAAUCUCGAAUGGUGGGUGACUAGAGUUCAGUGAAGGUUUGAAUGGGCUGUUAACCACGCUGAUAAUACAUUAAUUUGCUUCGAAAGGAGCUAACUAGUGCGGCGUCUUGUAAUCAGUGGUAUUAAAUUUUGUGCAAUUACUGACAGCAAUUAAUAAGGAAAAUUAUACUACACCGAUGAGGCAAAAAGUCUAAACAAAUCUUUUUGGUACUUUAUUUCUUUAUUUUUAGGAGUGGAUUACCAUUGUUAUCGCUUGGAUGACACUGAUCCCCCAGGGUACUGGUCUCAGAAACUUGGGGGAACGCCUGUCACGAACCUUGACGGAAAAAAAGACAAGAUCACUGACCCGAGGAAAGCUGUCAAUCCGUCUGCUACCGAUUACAAGUUUGUUACUUUCAUGAAGAUCUUUACAAACAUUAUUGAUGGACCACUCAGCCCUCCAUAGUCUCAAAAGCCUGAGUUUUAAGUUUCAAGGAACCUUCGCUGCUUACGAACUUUAGGACUCUAAAAUUUUAAAAUUGUCUCUUUUGUCAUUCAGUAAAAACGUAAAAUAGAUUUUGAUUUCUUACUAGUUUCAGUACAUGAACUUUAUCAUCUUUUCGCGAUUUAUUAAGUUACCAGCAUCUAUUUUUAAAGAUUUCGUUCAUUUUUUAAUAAUCAACGACAAAAACAACAAAAACCUUUAUUUGAAUGACUAUAAUAAUACUUACAGUAGACUGCAAAAGUUGCGUAAAAUAAAAUAAGAACGAAAAGAGAAAGAAUAAUAAUUAAUAACAGAGAACCAAGUGACAUUAUUCUUACACUGUCACGAGAAUUAUCAAUUUCGUUCACGUCAAAUGUGGUUUCAGAUUUGUUACAUCUAAUGGAAUUUAUAGACUUAACACUCUUUGUACGAUUUGCUACAAAAACGGCAACUAAAUUUAUUGUAUUGUUCUGUGACUCAAUGAUAAGUUGAAUCAAUUAUAGAGGACUUCAUGGACGUUUUUGUCCCAGUUUUCGCGAUUUAUUUGUAGUAGUCUAGUAUGAAAUAGACAAAACAAAUUCUCAUACUAUUAAAUGACCAGUUUAAAGAAGCUUAAUGUCAGCUGUAAGGCUUCUGGUUUGCGUGGAUGUUAUUGAUGAAACCUGUAAAGCGAAGGUCAAAUAAACAAUGC